CCCCGAACGCCCGCGAUGGAGAAGUACCAUGUCCUGGAAAUGAUCGGGGAAGGCUCCUUCGGGCGCGUCUACAAGGGGCGUCGGAAACACAGCGCCCAGGUGGUGGCCUUGAAGUUCAUCCCCAAGGUGGGGCGUUCUGAGAAGGAGCUGAAGAACCUGCAGCGGGAAAUUGAGAUCAUGAGAGGCCUCCAUCACCCCAACAUCAUCCAGAUGCUCGACAGCUUCGAGACCGGCAAGGAGGUGGUGGUGGUGACUGACUAUGCAGAAGGGGAGCUCUUCCAGAUCCUGGAGGACGAUGGGAGUUUGCCCGAGGACCAGGUCCAGGCCAUAGCUGCCCAGCUGGUCUCUGCUCUCUAUUACCUGCACUCCCACCGCAUCCUGCACCGUGACAUGAAACCCCAGAACAUCCUGCUGGGCAAAGAUGGCAUCGUCAAGCUCUGUGACUUCGGGUUUGCCCGUGCCAUGAGCAUCCACACCAUGGUGCUGACCUCCAUCAAGGGCACCCCACUGUACAUGUCCCCUGAGCUGGUGGAGGAGCGGCCGUACGACCACACGGCUGACCUGUGGUCUGUGGGCUGCAUCCUGUAUGAGCUGUUUGUGGGCACUCCUCCCUUCUACACCAGCAGCAUCUUCCAGCUCGUCAGCCUCAUCGUCAAGGACCCGGUCAAAUGGCCCGAGGCCAUAAGCCCGGUCUUUAAGAGCUUCCUGCAGGGACUACUAAUGAAGGACCCCCGCCAGCGCCUGUCGUGGCCAGAGCUGCUCUCUCACCCCUUCAUUGCUGGACGGGUUACUGUGAUUGAUGACACAGAAGAGCAUGGGAUCUCAACCCCCUUCACCAGCAAGCUGUCACCAGAGCUGCAGGCCCUGAAGGAGCAGCAAGCCCAUUCCCUGGCCCCCAGGAGCGGCCAGUCCAGGAUCCUGAGAAAGGCCCGUCAGAAGAUGGCUGAGGAGGCACAGAAAAAGGGGCAACUGAAGGCAGGUGAUGCAUCUAUGAAGGACUCUGGCAAAGGAUGCCCAGGGCAUAGACCCAGAGCAGCUCCUGGGAAGGCAGCCCUGGUGGAGGGGGAGCCACCAGCUGCCUCCAAAGAGAAGAACCCCAGUGUCCUGCAAGGAAGGAGCAGCAUGGCAGAGUGGGAGUUGGAGGAGCCUCCACCCAACCCACGCGAGCACAGCAUCACUCGAGACUAUGAGCGGGAGUUUUCUGGAGCAGGGGCCCCUCCGCAGCCUGGUGCUGGCAUGGCAGAGCGCCGGAGCAGGCGCAGCAUUGAGACCGUGGACCUGGAGAAUGAGGAGCUGGAGAGCGAUGAGGAGUGGCAGCACCUGAUAGAGGCCACUGAGCCCUCUACCAUGCAGCUGAGCACGCCGCUGAGCCUCCUGAGGGACCUGGCCUUCCGGCACCGUGUCCAGGCCCGCCUGGCAGACUCUGCUCAGCAGGUGCUGGAAGGGAUGCUGGAGGGAGCUUCCCGUCUCCGUCCUGUGCUCCGUGUCAUGGGCAACCUCCUGGCUACCCGGUGCGACUCUGAGCUGCUGAACCACUUCUGCCAAGAGCUGAAUGUGCCUCUGUCCCUGCUGUGUCUAGCCAAGCAGAUCCUAGAGAGUGGUAGCACCAAGCAGCAGCCCUGGUGUAUCACGGUGCUGACAGACCUCCUCAUGGUGACCGCAGUUUAUUUCAGCAGUGAAUGCAGCCUGCAGGAGAGUGGGCAAAAGGACAGCCUGCAGGCCUUCAGGGAGAGUGCCAGCUGCUUCCUAGCCCUGCUGCCAGAGCUGCUGGCUGAGCCAGCCGACAGUGAGAUGAGACUCUGCCAGCAAAGCCUCCUGUGCUUCACCCUGCUCUGUGAGAGCCUGGAUGCGAUGUGCCCCUCCAUCUCUGCUCCCUUCUAUGCCAGCCUACGAGAGGAGCAUCAGCCUCUGCUGAACAGACUCCUUCAGGGAUCCAUCUCAGAGCAGCCUGCUCUGCGAGGUGCAGCAAUGGAGGCCAAGCCAGCCCACAACCAGAGCCCACGCAUGGCAGACCUCUUCACGGCUGCAUUGGCUGCUGCCUGCAGCAUCCCCCUGGAGAGGAAUGGCUGUCGGGAAGCCAAGCAGCAGGUCGCUCAGGAGGUAGCUGAAAAGCUUAUGGAGGGAGAGAGCCAGCAGCUUGGGAGGCUGCUGGGGAGACUGGAGCACCCGAACUGCUCCUUGAACGUCCUCAAGAUCCUCUAUGCUGGCUGCCAUGCCAGCCUGAGCCUGUGCCAGCACCUGGGAAGGAGCCAGCAACUAUGGGGUUCCCUCAUGCAGCUCUCCAAGGGCAAGGUCCCCAUGGCAGAGGUGGCCCAGGGGGCAGCCUGCGAGGCUUCUCUGUACCUGCUGGCCCUGCUCACCCUGCAGCUCCAGGCCUCCCCUCCCAGGCUUGAGGAGGUGGUUACUCUGGCCAUGGAUCUCAUCACCCAGUCUCCUGUUGUCUCCCUUGUGGGUGCUGCAGCAUUCCUCCUGACACAGCUCAGUCAGCAUGGGGUAGCCUUGGAGCUCGAGGGAGAAGAGAUCCUACUGGUGGUGACAAACAUGCUGACAGCGCCUGCUGAGCUGCAGCUCCCCCUGCCAAUGGGUGCUGGUCUCUAUGAUGGGGUCUUUUUCCUCCUGCUGAAGCUCCUUGCCCAGGAGGACGUGGCCAUGGAGCAGGGCUUUGCCGCCUCAGAGCUGUGGAGUGUUGUGUGGCAUUGUGUUGCUGUGGUGCUUCACGUGGGCAGUGACAGGGCAGUGCUGGAAGGAGACCCCCCAGGGGCAGGUCACCUCGUGGCAGAGCCCGACUGGAACCUCCUCUCCCCUCAAGGCACCCUGCUCUUCCUCAGCCUGGCCCUCUUCGUCUUCACUCGCGAGUCCCACCGGUGCCUGCCUCAGCUCACCCAGUCCCACAGUGUCCUGAUGGUGACGCUGAAGAGGCUGCUGUCCCCUGGCUUCCUGGCAUGCCUGGCACAGACGCAAGCAGGAGAGGAUGGGGACCCUAAGCUUGUCCCAGCUGUGGUGAUCCAGGCCUGCCAGCUACUCUGUUUCCCUUUUGCCCUGGAUGUGGAUGGAGACACCUUAGCAUUGGUCAUGGAGGCUGUGAGAGAUGCCCAGAUCCCCGCCCAGCUGCUGCAGGUCUGCUCUCACCAUCUGCCCUUCUCAUACACCGAGCUCCCCAUGAGCCUCUUGUGCCACCUUGUUGUGUCUGAUGAGCAGGUCAUAGACCAAAUGGUGAGGGCAGCCACCACCUCAGAGCAUGUCAUUGCCUUCUUGACAUCUGCCUUGUUUUCAGACAGCCUCACGCUCACAACUGACCUCCUGUCUCUCUUGACCCACGUGGCCCGGGCCUGUCCGGAGCACCUGUCCUUUCUCCAGAGGAUCCUGAGGGGCUCGGAUGUGGCCGACCAGCCACUGACCCGCCUGCUUGGCCACCAGCAACACUUGAUACGGGCCAAAACCUGUAACCUGCUGGGCAACCUGCUCCGACAUGACCACAGCUUUCCCCAGGCGCUGCAGAGCCAGCCUGGCUUGCUGGAGAGCCUGCUGACGUGCCUGGCGGACCAGGAGGAGAGCGUGCGCAAGGCAGCCAGCUUCGCGGUGGGCAAUGCCGCCUACCACGCGACCUCCCCGGUUGGGACCCUGGGCAGGGCCGUGCCCAGGCUGACGCGGCUGUUGAACGACGCGCAGGCCAGGACGCGCUGCAACGCAGCCUCGGCCCUGGGCAACCUGGGCCGGUGCUGGGCAGAGCUGGGGGACCUGCUGAUGGAGAGCAGGGCCCCCCACGUCCUGCUGGAGGUGGCCUGCCGGGACCCCCGGGAGAUGGUGCGGGAGGGAGCCCUUGUUGCGCUGCGGGCCCUCAGCCAGCACCCCAGGAUACAGCAGGUCCUGCUGUCCCUCAGAGCCACUGAGAAGCUGGCCGCGCUGGCCAGCGGUGACUCACAGCCUGCUGCUGGCGGCAGCCCCCGGCCACCUUCUGCCCGGCACUGCGAGAAGCUCCUCCGCCUCCUCGCACCCCUGCGCAGCACCUGUGGGGCUGGGGGUGGCGCUGGCAAUGCCCCCGGCCCCCCAGGACCCGGCAAGGCUGCUGCCCCGCACCAGCGCUGA